CGAGGCCGUUGCCGAAGUCCCCAUUCAGAUCCCCAUGCCGAGCUUCGAGUCGAAAUUCAUAGGCUGCCCCCCCGGCACCUUUAAUGAUGGUCGGUCGGUUGAACAAGCAAGACCUGCAGCGAAGGCUGGCAACUCACGCCGAUUGAUUGACGGUUGUGUUCUCUCUCUCUCUCUCUCUCUCCGUGUGUGUGUGUGUGUGUGUGUUAUGUAUGCAGGGCUGGAGUGCAGAAACUGCUCCGCCAACACCUUCUCGGACACGACAAAUGCCACUCGGUGCGAGUUCUGCCCUCCCGGUAUGAAAGGCCUCCAGAGACACGGAUGGUCCCCCUUUGCAUAAAUGGCUUUCACACACUCGCCGCGUGCAUGUAUGUAUGCGUCCAGGCCAAGGUCAGCCACUGGAGGGCCAGACAUCGUGCGAAGUCUGCCCGGUUGGGUAUUUCAACCGCCCACGAGGAGCAACAACAGGUGUGACAGGCGUGUGCUUUUGCACAGACAGAGUCGCUAGAGCAUGUUCGCGGCCUUUGCCCUUCUUUCCCUUCCUGGGGACUGAUGUUCGACAGGAGUUGGAGCAAAUGAUGAUAACGGCGAAGGCGGCUGCAGACCUUGCGAAGUAGGAGAGUUUUCGAAUCAACCGGGGACAGGGAUAUGCGAAAAGUGCCCUCAAGGCACCUAUCAGGUGGGUGGCUAGGUGGCCACGGCCCUUAGCUAGCUCGAUUGUUCCGAGGAGUGGUAGCGACAGUCAAUUAUACCUUUUUGAAUAAGUACGUAUUCUGAUGUGUGUCAUACUUCUGCCGUAUGUGCAUGUGUGUGAAAAUUCACUUUCUGCAGGAUGAGGAGGGACAGAAGCAGUGCAAGCCAUGUGGAUACACGGAGACGACCAAGGAGACGGGGGUCAGGUCCAAAGACGGCUGCUUGUGCAGAGCAAAUUACUACCGCACGGAAAUCUCUCGCCGUGCCCCGAACUCGACUGCGGCAUUCGUCCGGGGAAAAUGCGAAAAGUGCAUCGAAGGUCUCACCUGCGAAGGUACUUAGUCGGCCAAAAGCUGGGCUAGCUCAGGAUACUGAUACUGAAUAUGAUCAGAUCGCAACACGCUAACUUCUUCUGCCGUUCACGCUGUGACGUACAGGGAUCCGUGACGAUUUCGUGGAUGAUUUUGUGGUUGAUGUCGGUUACUGGGUGCCACGAGUGGAGAACGGUGAGCCCCGAACGCGGCUGGAGGUGUAUCGAUGUCUCCCAGCGAGAUCCUGUCCGGGACAGCAGCCGGGGAGCUGCGUUGAACACAGACGUGGUGCGGUAUCCAUAGCAUACAUAGCAUGUCGCGCAUAUACUGAACAUGAAAAAACAAGUAACUCACCCACCGAUGUGCUUGUGCAUGUCCGAUGGGGUUGCAGGAUUCGUGUGUGGCCGCUGCAGAGAGGGCUAUUUCCCCAACAUAUCUGCUCGACACAGGUGCGCGGCGCACAGACCAUCAGCUCGUGAGUCACUCAGGCAGCGGCCGCGCCUACACGCGAUAUGCUCGUGGGCAGUAAUCACGACCAUUUGUCGCUCGUUGCCAGUCAAUAAACGGGUCCAUCCACUCGUGUUGAUUCGUGUGUUGGUAUUUGUCCACCCGUGGGCUGAUCGAUUUAUGCAUAUAAUAUCUCUAUCUGGCUGGGUGCAGGUGUCAGCGAUGCAGCGACGACCGCGUGGGCCCUGUGCUUUUUCUUGUCGUGGUCAUCGUUGGCGUGGCGGCCCUCUUCAUGUGGAUCGUCAACAGUCCCAGGUUCCGAGGCGCCGAGUUUCCCGCCUUCCUGGUAGUCUUCACGCAGCAGGUGGCCGUCAUUCCUACCUUCAACAUCAACCUCCCCUCCGGCCUCUCGCGCACCUUCGACGGUAUGAGCUUCUUCUUCGUCGUGUCGCCCAACUUUGGCCUCUCGUGUCUCGGCCUCAAUGACUUCGAGCAGCAGCAGGGCAUGAUCCUCUGUGUCCCGCUGCUUGUCAUUCUCUCGUUCAUCCUCUGCUGGGCUCUCUCACAGGUAAAAACUUGCUCGCACUGUCCAUCGCACAGACAAUCGGCUGGCAGGCAUCGACGCAUCGAUUUCCUUCCUCUUCCUGUGCUGUGCCAUGCUUCUCUCCCUGUCUCUGCACCAAGAUCGUGCCCUAUGUCUCGCCGACAGGGCAGAUUCAGUUGCUCCGAUACUACAACACAGAGAUCACUCUGAAAGCACUCAAAUGGAACACGGUCGGUAAUCCUGCGGCCACUCACGCACGGCACGCGACUCAUCUAACAGCUGCCUGUCUUCGGGCUGUGCUGUGGUGUUUGUUUGCUCAUUCAGGUGCCGGCCUCCAUAGUAAACCUCCUGUACACUUUCCUCAUCGCCAUCGCCAAGAUCGCCUUUGUGCCCUUCGACUGCUAUCAAGUGACUGACCAGCCGCCACGAUGGCUCUGCUUUCCCUCUCUUCGUUCAUGUCUAUCGUCAUGUAUGUCGUGUGCAUGUGUGGAUCCUUUAGCAUCCCAACGGCCAGUGGAGCGUCCGGGAGUACCCCUACAUUCUGUGCUACAACGACGGCGCCGCCCGAUGGAAGCGCUUCAGCGACCUGAGCCUUGCGGGCUUCUUCUUCUACACGUUUCUGGCGUUCGGUGUUGUCAUCCGGUUUGCAUGGCUCUUCCCCAAAAAGAGGGAGAACCCAGGUCAGCGAGCGGGCGAGGGCGUGAAUGGGUGAGUGGAUGAAUGGAGAUGUGACGGGUAGCCUGUUCUGUCUGUGUCCACACAGCGUUCAUUGCUGUGUACGAGAACCUGAUCGACAAGUACUCGACGGACAAGAUUUGGUGGAUAGGCGUCUGGAUGUCCCGCAAUCUGCUCAUCGCUCUCGGCACCGCCAUUCUGCCGAACCUCGGCCUGUACCAGAUUGCCUUCUCGUCGGGCGUCGUUGUCACAUACCUCGUACUCGUGGUGGGUGGGCAAGCGAGCGAGGAGGCAAUCCUUCGUUCGUCUACUCCACCUUCGAUGAUCGAUGAUCGAUUGAUUGAUUGCUGGCCGCCCUGUCCCCUCUUGUCUGUCCCUUUGUGUGUCAGCAAGUGUAUCAUCCCUGGAAGCGGCAGACGGACGUCUACAUGGACCGGUGGCUCAACAUAUUCUUUCUGCACAUCCUCUCCAUCUGUGCGCUCCACGUCGACCCCACUGAGGCCAACCACAAGAGCGAUGCCGAGCUUGUCCUUGGUUAGUUUGUUGCAGAGGCUGUUGACUGAUUGAUUGAUUGGUCGAUUUGUCUGCAGUGAUUGUAGUCUUGCUGGACGCCGCCUUCAUUGUGGGCUCCAUCCUCACAACAAUCGUGAGUGAGACCCCAAAAAAGCCGCCCUUCUCCUUGUUCUCGAUCACCCCAUCACUCAUUUAUUGAUUCAUUCGUUUUGCUCCAUGAGCAUAUGGCUGUCCGUAUAUGUGUGUGUGUGUGAAUGCAGCGCGUUCCCAAGCGGAAGAUGGGCCACUAUUCGCAUGUGCUGCCAUUCAGGAUCACCGGCACAGAUGGAGGCACAUUUGAAGAAGCCAAUAAGCCAGCCGGUGACCGGCCCGGGACAGCCACCGACAAACAGCAGCUGGCGUCGUCCACCAGCCGACCAGACGUGUUCCUCAACCAGAACAGCGUCUUCAAUGUCAUCAUGAGCGCUCUCUCCCAGGCCUCCGGCUACUCAACGGAGCGCAGGGAUGGACCCAAGAUCGACCAACAUGCCAGAAAAGACCAAACCGAUCCUCUUCCGGGCGCCAAGCAGCGAACUACGCCUCCCGCCGCUCUUGACGAAGACAAGUCUCAUGAGGCACCAGACGCUGGGAGGCACGAGCCUCCUCAGCCAAAUCCCAGGCAAGACACCACAGUGCAGCCAGACUUCGGCCUGACUGCUGCAGAGGACGACAUGUUCAGUCCCUCAGAGCUCGGUCUGUCUCCCGACGACUUUGCCCCCGACAUUUUGGCGGGCUCCCUGUCCUCAGCUUGCGAUAAGGCACUGGAAGAGGAGAAUGCAGCGGAGGUGAUUCAGCUGAGCCGGAUGCACACAGCAAGGGCAUCGAUACGCAGCCGCUUCUCCCUCACACCCGCCCCACCGGUGUCAGACCUCUUCCUCUCGCGCCAGCCGCACGAGCGCCUCCAGGACCACCAUGCCACGAGCCCGGCAGCUGACAGUGAUGUGCGAGCAGAGGGUGACGUUCUUGAUGCGGCCUCUUCGCCCUCGCCGAUCCCCUUCCACAUGACUCUGCCCAAGAGGAGACAAAGCUCUUCCUCAGGUACGUACGCAGCCAAAGCACAGAAAACGGGGAGACAUGAAUGAAUGAAUGAAUGAAUGAAUGGAGAGAGACCUAAGCAUAGCAUGAGCCGGUCAUCUGUCUGCAUUGCCUGCAGGCGGUGAUCGUGGAGGGGGGACUGUGUCCGAGACACCGAUCGACAAAUGGACGCCGAAGAAGGCCAUCAGUACCUUCACACCCCAGCUCACGGCGCAUGGUGAUGAGACCCAUAGGGACAUGCAGUUCAGUGAAAUGUUCUCCCCCGAAAUGGAGAAUGCUCUCGAUGCCUCGUGUGCGGCGGCCUUCGGGGGCGACAAUACCAUCAACGAGAUGCUCUCACAGUCAUCCCUCUUCGUGCACGCCCCCGGCGGGACACCAAGGAGCGCUAUCACAACCUUUGGCCGCCUCAGAUCCAGCAACGACAACAAGGAUCGGCUCGACAAGAGCACCCUGCACUCAGUGCAGGAGGAAGAACAGGAACACGACUGACUAAUGAUAUCGAUCUCUGCAUCUACACGCACAUAUAUACACUCAGUCAAACCCCAUCCACUAGGCCCUGCCUGUCUGCCUGUCUGCCCGUCUGCCCAGUCUUUCGUUGUGGCCAGAAGGCAAGGGCUGCUUGCGAUGUGUGUCCGUCUGUGUUUGUCUCUGCGCAUACAUCUGUGUGCCUGCUGUGUCAUCGGCUUAUGAGGGUUCGUCAUGUGCCGGGACGCGCGGAUUGACGCCUCCCGACGAACCGUCUUGAUGAGCACACGCUUGUUGCUCAUAUGAUGUGUGUGUUGGUCUGUCUGUCUGGUGUCUCUGCUCUUCGUCCAGUUCCCCAUGGUCGACGCUAUGUCGUCACAUGCCGUCGCACGGUGACCGCAUGAAUGGAUAGACACCAAUGUACAUAUAUGAACCGUGUGGGCCGGCUGCGUGUUCCAGUCAGGCUUUUGCCCAGCUGUGUGGCUGCUCUAUGUGACGGACGGGCUGAUUGUUUGUAGAUGAGGUGUGGAAGCACGCCCCGUCCGUGUAGACCCCAUCAGUAUGCACGUGUACAUGGUCAGUUGUAUUGAUUCAUUCGAUCAUUCGUAGCAUGCAUGAUCGAAUGUGUGUAGUCCAUCGAUACAUAUAUCGCUGGCUUAGAUACCUUACCUAGCAACACACUGGUGAGACACGCGUCUGUAGGAAGGGUUGGGUGGCGGAUGGUAGACCAUAUAUCUCUUCUGGUGACCUGGCUGGCCGCACACUGACUGACAGACUGACUGACUGACCGACUGACUGACUCGUUUGUCGAUGGCCAUGUAACACGUUCUCACGAGAAACAGACUCCUUCUCAUUGAAACAGACUCGAGAAUAGCCAGGGAGUGAAUGAAUGAGUCAACGAAUGAGUCAUUCACUCCACUGUGAGACUCUGAGACCUCUUUGCAAUGGUGAAUGGAUGAAUGAAUGAUAUCGAUUGAGUGAUUGGCCAUCAUUUUGUAGACAGCGUGUCGAAUGCUUCCAUGUGUUCGUACCUGGCCAUAGCAGCCCAAAGAGCGAGAAUGAGUCGGUGGUCGCCUGGUCCACACAUGCAUGUCUCCCGUUAACGUUAAUUAACAUUGAGAAUGGCCAUGCAGUGAAUGAAUGAGCGAAUGAACGAAUGAGUGAAUGAAUGAUUCACUCUUGGACUCUUUGCAAUGAUGAAUGGAUGAAUGGAUGAAUUAAUUGAUUGAUUGAUUGAUUGCAUGCAUAUGGAUAAUUGAUUGAA